UGACAAUUGUCGGUGUGUACACCUUCAGCAGAAUGUCACUGGAAAGAAAGUUACGGGCCCGGAUAGAGGGAAAACAAACAAAGCGCAAGACAUUGAAGCUAAUUAAGUGGUUGCAGAGGAAACACCUUCUGAAGGAGAAGCUCAGAUGCCCUCUCUGCUUCCACAAAAUGAAAAUGUUCUCUGUGACAAAGAAGGACCAGUACAUCUGGUGCUGUAAAAGAGGUCAUAAAAGAGUCUCAAAAACCAUCAGAGCUGGCUCCCUCUUUGAAAAGUCUAAAUCAUCUCUCCUCAACUGGAUGAAGUAUAUUUACAGAUUCUCACAAGGACUGAGGCUCAGGCAGAUUGAUAUGAUCAGUGAUGACAUUGCUGGCAGCUCUACAACUUUGUCUAAAAUGGCAAGAUGCAUUCGAAGGGUCUGCAUUUGUGCAAUGGAAAGACAAAGAAGAAAGAACAGGCAGUGUCUUGGUGGUCGAAAAGAAUUUGUUGUGAUAGAUGAGAGCUGCUUCCGUCAUCAGCGAAAGUAUGCGCGGGGCCGGUUUGGAAAUACCUGGAGGAGGAAGAAAUGGGUCUUUGGAAUGAUGGGAGUCAAAGACAAAAGACGGAGAGUAGUGUUGAAACUAGUGGAGAAACGAUCAAGACGGCAUCUUGUCCCUCUGAUCAGACAGCAUGUUAAGGCAGGAAGUAGCAUAAUCAGUGAUGAGUGGAGGGCAUACAGGGUUGUGUUGAGAAACUUUGGGUACAAACACUAUACCACAAACCAUAGCAGGUGGUUUGUGGAUCCUCGGUCCGGUAGCCACACACAACAUAUUGAAAGAGCUUGGGGGAUCAUCAAAGGACAUAUCCGUAGACUGAGAGGAAAUCGUACAGAGGCUUUGUUGAAGGAGCACCUCAUGGUACUUGAAUGGUCAUCCUGGCUUGGUUCUCGUAACCCUGAUGGGCCACUUGGACGCCUGUUCAAGGAUAUUCAAAAAGCCUUUCCAGUAUGAAUGUCAUGAUCUAUUUUCAAGUGCUCUAAUUGUCAUUCAGCAACGACUGUUUUAAUGUCUGAAUCAGUGGAACUGAAAAGUGUGUUUUGCAUGAAUGAAAAUGUUUGGUUGUUUCUGUUGUAACUAGGCUUAUAUUUCAUGUGACAAAAUCAUAUUAGCUGUGUAAAUGUUUGUAAGUCAUGAAUAAAUAGUGAAGUGUUUUACAGUUUAAAACAAGGAUCCUAUCUGGUGUUUAUAAAGGUUUCUUAUUAAUAAAUAGUGAGUUAAAAUAA